ACAAAUACCUCUUUGCUUCACCCCGGCCCCCCCCGCCCCCCAUUUCUUUCCCUUUUUUUGUUGCUUGUUCGCUUCGCGUUUGGGGGUCGGUGCGUAAGGCAGGAGGGACCUGGCCUAAAGCGACGCCUGAGCAGCCCAGCGGGAGCCUAGGGACAGGCCUGGGCAGCAGCCUCAACAUUAGGAUGUCCCGACAUGAAGAGCUUUUAUCUCAGUUAUCAGGCGUGAGACGUUCUGCAGGGCAGCUCAAUUCUUCUGGCCCUUCUGCUUCUCAGUUACAGCAGCUGCAGAUGCAACUGCAGUUGGAAAGACAGCAUGCACAGGCAGCAAGACAACAACUGGAAACUGCACGCAAUGCCACUAGACGCACUAACACAAGCAGCAUACCCACCACUCAUACACAAUCUAUAGCAGCAACCAAUACAUCUAACACAGAAAACAAUCAUCAGACUAUACAGAAUUCCCAGUUUCUUCUUAUGAGGUUGAAUGAUCCUAAGAUGUCAGAAGCAGAGCGUCAAUCAAAAGAAAGCGAACUGGCAGAUCACAGCUUGUUUGUUCAAGAGCUUCUACUGUCCACUUUGAUGCAGGAAGAAAGUUCCUCCUCAGAUGAGGAUGAACGGGGAGAGAUUGCUGAUUUUGGUGCUAUGGGCUGCGUAGAUAUUAUGCCUCUAGAUGUUGCUUUAGAAAACCUAAAUUUAAAAGAGAAUAAUAAAGGAAAUGAGCCUCCUCUUUGAUGGCAUCCCACUUUGCAGACAAUGUCCUCUGUGCUGUAUUUGCCAAUGAAAGUGGACAACAACUAUCUUGGGUUUGUUUUGGUGAUUGUAAUUUCAGGUCUGUCAUUCUUGUUACAUUGUGUACAUUCAAAGGAAAAGAGAAAAUAUAUAUAUGAUAAUCAUUUCCACUUAACCAAUUUUUACUUAUAGCAGAUAAAUAUAGGUUGCAGUGCAGAGAAAAAAAAGCUCUGUGUCCUGUAGCUUGACGUGCAAAAAAGCUCUCCUAAUACUCCACAUUCAAACUGAAGAGGAAAAAAUGAAAAAAAAUCUCUAAUGAAGCUGCUGUGUGUAUUUAUGAAUAUUAAUGAAUAAAACUUGCUUGGAUGGUUUA